AUGUGGGGCUUACUGUCUCUUUUAUACUUCUGCAAAGGUUAUGAGCUUUUUAUAGUCCCGCACUCUCAUUGUGAUCCUGGAUGGAUUGAGACUUUUGAUUGGUACUAUGAAAAUCAAGUCAAAUCUAUUCUGAGCGGUAUUAUUACUUUGCUGGAAGAAGAUGAAAAGAGAAAAUUCGUUUGAUCUGAGAUUUCGUUUUUACAAAGAUGGUUUUCCGAUCAAUCUGAAGAUGCAAAAGUGAGGUUUAAAGAUUUCGUGAAGAAAGGACAAAUCGAAUUUGUAGGUGCAGGAUAUGUACAAAAUGAUGAAGCAUCUACUGAUAUUGAGAUGGUUAUAAGGCAAAUUGAGCAUGGGCAUCAAUACUUAAAAGACGAGUUUGGAAUUGAUAAAGUCAAGGUAGGUUGGCAAAUUGACCCAUUUGGUCAUUCUGCACUAACUCCAAGUUUAUUUUCAAAGUUUGGAUUUGAGUAUCUUGUUAUCAAUCGAAUAAACCUUGAUUUUAAAACACAAUUAAUAAACGAAGGAGAUUUAGAGUUUAUGUGAAAGGGAGUUAACUUAGGUGACGAGGAAUCGAUUUUCACACACCUCCUUUAUGAUCAUUAUACUCCUCCAGAUAUAAUUGAUCCAGGAAAUUCUCUUGAAAAUUGCUUGAUUACUGGAAAAGGAAGCAUAAUAUGAUGGUAAAUUCUAUUUAGUGCUGAAAAGCUUUACAAUCUGACUAAAGAAAGAGCAGCAGCUUAUAAAACUUCUAAUCUCAUGAUUUUAUAUGGAGGCGAUUUUUGAUAUAAAUCUAUUGAUGAAGGAAGACUAUUCUAUAGACGAAUUGAAAUGCUUCGCGAUUAUAUUAAUUCCCAAAAUUAUCCUGAUUUUUCUAUCAAAAUCGCAACUCCUAGUGAGUAUUUCAGCGCCGUAAAACAAUCCAACGCAAAAUUUUCGACAUAUGACAAAGAUUUUUUCCCAUAUAAAAUGUAUAGGCGUUUUAAUCAGCCUGCGUAUUGAACUGGGUAUUAUUCUACAAGACCGGCUUUAAAGCAAGCAAUUUCGUUUACUCAUCAACUAGUUAGAGCUGCUGAAAUUGCAAAAUCAUUAAUAAAAAAUGAGCAAUAUUUAGGUCAUCAGGCUAGCUUAGCAUUGCAUCAUGAUUCUAUAUCUGGAACGUGCAAGCCACACGUUGCGAUGGAUUUUAUGGAAAAACUUGAAGAUGAGCAAGCAAAAGCUACAUAUGCAAUUAAUGAAGUUAUAAGCAGUGUUUUUACAAACACCUCAUAUAACUAUGAACUAAUGCUUCCAUACAGAGUGAUCAUUGCAUAUAACCCAUUAAAUUGGAACAAACCAAGCCUGCUAAACAUAGAAUCAGACAGUCCUUACGUUGAAAUUCAGAGUUGAAUUAGUACUUAUAUUCCUUCACAAAGUAUUGAAAAUGAUUCAGGGAGCUCUAAAAAAUAUACAAUUUACUUCAAAGUAACUUUACCAGCUCUAUCAUUUACAACCUUAUUCAUUACAGAGUACUCCUUCCACUGUGAGUUUUGCUCAAGUGAAUCAACUUUAAAUAAUAACUCAAUUUUACAGGAUUCUGUAUAUCGAAUUGAAUUUGAUGAUUUUGGAAUGAUUAGCAAUAUCUCUACAUAUGGAAAACCUAAAUAUCAAUUGAAUCAAGAAAUAUGAAAUUAUAAUGGAAACGAUGGCGGAGCUUAUAUUUUUCAACCAGCUGAUAGCGGUAAAAAAUUAAAUGAUCUGUCAUUGAGAAAAAUAAAAAUUUGGAAUGGAAAAAUCGUUCAAAUCGCCGAAGUGGUAUGAAGUAGGGUUCAAAUGCAAGAAAACCAUAAAUUUUAUCACCAAAAAAUCAUUCUAUAUGGAGAAAAAAAAUUCAUAUGAAAAUGCGGUUUAUUUUCUAAUACAAAUGAAGAAAUUCUAUUUAGAUUCACAAGUCAAAAUAUUUCAGGCAAUGAAUGGCUGCUAACUUCAAACUCUGGAGAUUUGAGAUCAAGAAAAUAUUUCCCGGUUAAUGGCCCAGGAGAAAAAGGAUUAAAUAUGUAUCCAGUGUCAGGCGGUUUUGCAGUCAAUAUAGGGUAUGAGUAUCUAAAAAUUAUUCCAAAAUUUUCAUUAGGUGUAGCUAUAGCUAAUGAAAAUUCAUUCGAAAUUUUAAUGCACAGAAAUUUAGAUCAAGACGAUGAUUUUGGGCUUUUGGAAGGUGUUGAUGACAGAACCUUUGUGGAUUAUCAUUUCGAAAUUGAGCUUGGAGAACUUAAGCACUGUAAUUUUAAAAAAUUAUAUAUUGAGGCUAAAACUGAUGCGUAUGCGUGAUGGAUAGAAAACAAUGAAACUUUUAAACUUGGCCAUGAUAUAAAUAAUGCUCAUCAAUUUACAGGUAACUGGACUUAUUUAACUUAUUAUCUGUUUGGCUUCAAUAAUCCUGAUGUCUAUCUGUCAAGUUCUGUAAUUAAAAAAGGUGAAUUAAUUUUCAGGCUUUGAAAUUUAAAGGAUGCUUUUCAAGAUGAAUUAUUGAUUAAGAUUAACACAAUAUAGAUGGAUUCCUAUUAGUCUGGACUACUUUGACUCCAGGAAAAGUGAUCUAAACUGGCUAUAUAUAUCGGAGUUCAAAUUGUGCUUGGCCUACCAAAUUUUGCCUUUUUAAUUUUCUGGUUAUUCUCAUCUAGCCUAAGCAUUAACUUUAUAGGUUAGAGGCACCCUUUAUCGGUGCUCUGAUAAACACAAUAGACGUAGAUUAUGAGUGGCAGAAAUUUCCCUAGCUCAUCUGGAGGGCAGGGUAACUUUCGGGAGAGAAAUAAAAUUUCCAUCCUCAUCCUCAUGAAUUUCUCCAAGUGACAGAAAUACUCGUCUUUCUGCACAUAGGGAUGGGCCUUACCUACUCCAUAUGAACUCGUCUUGGAGUCAUUCUUCUGUCAGCAUGACCAUUUUAUUUCUUAUAUUUUCAAGGAAUUUCUUUUAAUAAUUAUAAGCUUGGAAGGAGGAAAUUGUUAGGCGGAUAUAGUAAUCUAUUAGCUCAAAAUGUCUGAAAUAAAAGUGGGACUGAGAUAGAUUUUGCAGAGAUGCCAAGAUCAGGAAGUACUUUUGAAUUUGAAAAUAAAAGCAAAGAUAUUUGAAAAGGAGACAUAGUACUUAAGCCCUGAGAAUUUUCAGCAUUUCAAGUAAGAAAAGCAGAAGAAAGCCAAAUAAUAACUAAUGAUAACUCAACAGACGACAAUUUUGAUGAAGAAGAAAAUGAAAUUGUGUCCAUGGAAAAAAUUCGUGCCGAAAUUAUGCAGCAAAAUGAAGGAAGAUCUGAAAGCGAGUUAAAUAGAACUAUCCAAAAAAUUUCUGAAGAAAUUGGGAUUAAAGAAAAAAUUGAAAUAAAUUUAAACACCAGUAAAAAUUCUCGAAAGGAAGAAAACGACCUGAAUUGAAAUCCAGAUAUCGUUGAGGUUAUAAAAAAUAAAUUAAAUAAUUCCCAAGGAACAAAUAUUAAAGUAAACCCUAUUCAAGGUAGCAAAAAUGCAAAUGAAAUGUGAAGAAAUAUAGUUGUGAACAACAUAGUUGAGAAAGACAAUUCUCAGGUAGGCACGCUUCAAGUUUUUGAGUAUGUUAUCAUGUUUUGCUUUUCUUCCAUUACUAUUAUCAGCCUCAUUUGGUACUUUAAACCAAAGAAAAAACGGCCAAGUCAACUUUAUUAA